AUGGCACCCGGUGCUCUCGUGGCCGAGGCCACCUCGCCCUCCUCGACCCCCACGCCCUCCCUCCCAAAGCAGACACCAGCCCAAUCACAGAAGCGCCGCAACGACCAGGCACCACGGGACAUCUUCCCCGACGGCAUCCGCACCUCGGGCCAGCACAACCCGCUGUACGACCAGCUCAAGCCGUAUGCGGCGUUUCCCAAGGAGAUCACAGGCCCGACGGUCUGGCGCAAAGAAGACUACGAGGGCCAGCCCGAGCGGUGGGUGCACCGGUUCAGCGAGGCCGAGAUUGACGAGCUCAGCGCGGCGGCGGACGCCUUCAUCGCGAGCGGCACGCCGCUGACGGGCAUUGCCAAGCACAACUUCCCCCUGCCGCGGCUGGCCCAGGCGCUCGGGCGCGUCCGCAGCGACCUGCUCGACGGCAAGGGCUUUGUGCUCUUCAAGGGCUUCCCGGCGGACCGGUGGUCGCCGCUCAAGAACGCCGCGGCGUACAUGGGCCUGGGGACGUACCUGGGCUACUUUGUGUCGCAGAACGGCCGCGGCCACGUGCUGGGGCACGUCAAGGACGUCGGCGACGACCCGACGCAGAUCCACAAGGUGCGCAUCUACCGCACGACGGCGCGCCAGUUCUUCCACGCCGACGACGGCGACCUCGUGGGCCUGCUCUGCGUGCACCGCGCGCUCGAGGGCGGCGAGAGCGACAUUGUCAGCAUGCACCACGUGUGGAACACGCUGCAGCGCGAGCACCCGGACGUCGCCGCGCUCCUGACGCAGCCCGUCUGGUACUUUGACCGCAAGGGCGAGGUGUCCGCCGGCGACGACCCCUACACGCGCCAGCCCGUCUUCUACCUCGAGCCCGGCGGCCGCGGCCGCGUCUACAGCAAGUGGGACCCCUACUACGUGCGGUCGCUGGCGCGCUACUCGGACGCCGGCGUCAUCCCGCCGCUCAGCGACGCGCAGCGCCACGCCAUGCAGGUCCUCGAGGACACCUGCCAGCGGCUGGCGCUGCACAUGGUGCUCGAGGUCGGCGACAUCCAGUUUGUCAGCAACUGCCACCUGCUGCACGCCCGCACCGCCUACAAAGACUACCCGGCGCCCGCGCCGCGGCGCCAUCUGCUGCGGCUGUGGCUGUCGACGCCCGAGACCGAAGGCGGCUGGACGCUGCCGUUCCCCGACAGCCAGGAGCUGAAGCGCGGCGGCAUCCAGGUGGACGACACGCCGCCGGUGUGCCCCUUGGAUGCGGAGUAG